AUUAAUAAACGCACAACAGAAAAAAUGGCGACCUCCGUGUGUGUGCUGUGUCAAUGAUAAACUAACGUUUGCACAUAUUUUUGUCCAAGGACACGGAUAGUCAAACGAUAAGAAUUAUAUGGAGGGAAAUGCGAACUUGUUAUCCAUCUUGAACGACAACAGAGUUGCGUGAAAACGGGAGGGGCAUGUCCAGGCUGUGUGUGGUGUGUGGGGGCUCCAGGGGCAUUGGCAGGGCUGUAUCAAGGCUGCUGGCAGAGAGAGGCUGCAGGGUUGCUGUGGUGUCCAGGAACCAGGAUGCUGCUAAUGCCACUGUGUUGUCCCUCGCUGGAGCUGACCAUAUGGCCUUUAGGUGUGACGUCUCCAAAGGAGAGGAAGUUCAGAAGACAUUUGAGAUGAUCCAGAAGACCUGUGGAAACAUCUCAUACCUGGUCAAUGCAGCUGGUAUCAACAGGGAUGGUCUGUUGCUGAGGACCAGGCCAGAGGACAUGGUGGCUCUGCUUCAUACCAACCUACUGGGGAGCAUGUUGACCUGCAAGGCAGCGCUACGGAGCAUGCUCCACACCCAGGGAGGGGCCAUUGUCAACAUAGGCUCUGUGGUGGGGUUGAAGGGGAACGCAGGUCAGUGUGUGUACAGCGCCAGUAAAGCAGGUCUGGAGGGCUUCACUCGCUCCCUGGCCAAGGAGGUGGCCUCACGCAGUGUCAGAGUUAACCUGCUGGCUCCAGGUUUAAUUCGGACAGACAUGACAGUGGGGCUGAGAGAAGGGGAGGGGGUGCGGACCAUCCCCCUGGGGAGGUUUGGGGAGCCUGAGGAGGUGGCCAAGGCUGCUCUUUUCCUCCUGGAGUCUCCCUACAUCACAGGACAGGUGCUGGUGGUGGACGGAGGGCUGCAGCUGGCCAUGUAGGGAGGCCCUCGACCCCUCUGUAUACACCUAGUACCCACUAUACAUCCUAACACUGUCAGCUGGGUGGUUAAGAGGCUCUCAGCCUGUCUCUCAGAUGAGAAUUACAAUGGAGAGUUCUGGUUUUCCAGUAUAUGUGUGUUUAAGCUAAAGAUGAGCUGGGUUCAUGCAUAGGAAAGGGAUAAAUAUCUGCUUUUUAUCUAUACUGAACAAAAAUAUAAACACAACAUGUAAAGUGUUUGUCCCAUGUUUCACGAGCUGAGAUCCCAGAA